AUGGCGCCGCCAAAGUCUAAAGGCCCACAACUACCCAAUAUUCUUCUUCAGCAACUAGGAGUCGAAGGUGAUGGUGGUAGAAAUGGCAGUCGAGGGUAUAGACGUCCUGGACGUAAGGAAAUGCGCAAAUCAGAACGGCAUGAGAAGAAGCAGAGUAGAUCUCAGUCCUCCAGACCUCCUGCGCAAAAGCGGUUGAAGUCGCAACAUGUCAGGCAUAACGACGAUGACGAUGACGACGAUGAAGAAGACGAGGAUAUUGAACCCUUGAAUGCGAAAGUCAUACAUGAGAAACGAAGAGACGAUAGUCCACAAACGAAAUCUAUAUUGAAAACGACGAAGAAAGUGGACCCCCCAAAAGCGAAGGCAUCCCGUGAAGAAGAUGUGAUUCCUGAUUCGCGGAUUGGGAAGAAUAUUCCGAAAGCUGUCAAGGAUAAAUUGGCGGAGGACGACGAUGAGAUAGCUGCUCUGGAAAAGAAAUUGGGAAUGAAAGGGAAGAAGAAAGGCCUCCCAAAGUCAUUCCAAGAAGACGGGUUAGAUGAGCUCUUAGGUGAUCUAGAUGCUUUGGAUGAGAGCGAAGAUGAAGAAGUUAAGCAAAAGAAGAAAGGAAAAGCGGAGGCGAAUGAUUGGCUUGAACGCAAGAGAUCAGAAGCCCGAAAGCGUGCGAGGGGCAACGAGAGCUCCGAGGAUGAGGAAGAGGACGAAGACGACGAGAUGCUGGAUGACGAUGACGAUGAAGCGUCUGACAUGUCAAUGGAUGAUUCUGGUGAUCAUGAUAGUGAUCUUGGAGAUGAUGGCGUGGCUAACGACGACUUCGAAGGAUUUGGACCUGGAAGUGAAGAAGACGUUCUCCCGAAGCCAAAAGUUCGUGAAAAUCCUUAUGUGGCACCCGUGGCUGCAACCGCAGCUUCUUCUGCAAAAUAUAUUCCACCUUCAUUACGAAAGGCAUCUUCUUCGGAUUCUGAGGAUUUAGUACGUCUGCGACGACAAACUCAAGGUCUGGUCAACAGGUUGACCGAAGCCAAUCUCAUCACUCUCCUUGGAGAGAUAGAAAAAUUGUAUCGAGUCAAUCCCCGUCAACACAUGACUUCUACACUUAUCGAUUUGCUCCUAACUUCCGUUUGCGAGCCAACAACUUUACCCGAUACUCUCAUCAUCCUCCCCGCUGGAUUUAUUGCCGCGAUCUAUAAGAUCAUUGGAACGGAUUUUGGUGCUCAGGUAAUUCAAAGAAUAGUUGAACUCUUUGAUGAGCACUAUGCGCGAGUGGUAUCUCUGAAUCAGGACACCUCAUCAUCUAUUCCCGACAGUAAGGAGACAACUAACCUAAUAGCUUUACUUUCAGAAUUGUAUAAUUUUCAAGUAGUGGGAAGUAGUCUCAUUUUCGACUACAUCAAGCUCUUUUUAGAUACGCUAUCAGAACUGAAUGCCGAACUUCUGUUAAAGGUUGUACGCAUUUCGGGCCCUCAACUACGACAAGAUGAUCCUUCGUCACUGAAGGACAUUGUUACUAUGCUUCGACCUGCCGUCCAAAAGGCGGGUGGCGAAGAGAAAUUGUCAGUGAGAACAAAAUUCAUGAUCGAAACCAUCAAUGAUCUCAAAAAUAAUAAAAUGAAAACUGGUGCUGUUGCUUCCGCUGUCACUUCAGAGCAUACGAUUCGGAUGAAGAAGACGCUAGGAACACUAAAUAUUCGAAAUAUAAAAGCGAGCGAGCCCCUACGAAUUGGUCUCAAGGAUAUAAGAGACUCGGAUAAAAAGGGGAAAUGGUGGUUGAUUGGUGCAAGUUGGGCAGGUAAUGCCGAAGACGAUGAAGAGCCCACCUCAAAAGCCAAGAAUGCCAGAGAAGUUCAAGAAGUAGAUGCAGGAACAUCUGAUCUUAUUCAGCUUGCUAGAGAGCAACGUAUGAACACGGAUAUUCGUCGAGCUGUAUUCAUUACCAUCAUGUCCGCCUCGGAUUAUCAAGAUGCAUAUCAACGGCUGAUGAAGCUAAAAUUAAAAAAGGUUCAAGAGCUUGAGAUACCGAAAGUUUUGAUACAAUGUUCGGGUGCCGAAAAGAUGUACAACCCAUACUAUACAUUAAUAGCAAAGAAAUUAUGUGGUGAUAGGAGACUCAAGAUGGCAUUUCAAUUCGGUUUGUGGGACCUUUUCAAGAAGAUGGGCGAGACAAACGACGAUGAUGAUGACGCUUUUGAGGAGGAUACAGAGUUGGAUAUGAGGCACAUUGUCAAUCUAGCCAAGAUGUUUGGUACACUAAUGGCCGAAGGGGGACUUGGACUCAACGUUCUCAAGAAUUUGAAUCUCAGCUAUUUACAAGCUAAGACGAAAACUUUCUGCGAGGUCCUUUUCAUCACUAUUCUGCUUCAAACCCAGAAGGCAUCGAAAGAGUGGCGCGAUGAGAAGGCAGUCAUAAAUCUGUUCUCGAGGAUGAAGGAUACACCUCAGAUGAUAACUGGACUACGAUAUUUUUUGAAAAAGGUAGUAGGUAAGACGGAUAUAGCAGGAGGGGCAGCUGAAAAGAAUACUGUUAAAUGGGGUUCUAAGGUUGCAGGAGAUACACUUCAGGCUUUGCUCAAUGAAGAUACCCCGAUCUCAAAAGCUUGUUGUAAAGUACAACAAUACUCUUCAUACAAAAUGCUUCGCAGUUUAGUAGUGCCCAGAGCGGCCGCAAGGUCUGCUUUCAGACAACAAUCCUCCCUUCCCAAGUUAAUCGCCCCUUCGGGAAUUGCAAACUUGUCGCGACGAGGAUAUGCUACUGAAGCUGAUGAGCAGGAUUUGGUCAUUAUUGGAGGUGGUGUUGCCGGAUAUGUUGCCGCUAUCAAAGCUGGUCAAGAAGGCAUGAAAGUAACCUGUAUAGAAAAGCGCGGAACUCUCGGAGGAACAUGUUUGAACGUCGGCUGUAUUCCUUCGAAAGCUCUACUCAACAAUUCGCAUCUUUACCACCAAAUUUUACAUGACACCAAAGCUCGAGGUAUCGAAGUCGGAGAUGUCAAACUCAACUUGGAACAAAUGAUGAAAUCGAAAGAUACUGCGGUUUCUGGACUCACGAAGGGUGUUGAGUUUUUGUUCAAGAAGAACAAUGUGACAUACGUCAAGGGUACAGCCACACUUACUGGCGAGCAUGAAGUCAAGGUCAACCUUUCAGAAGGUGGAGAGCAGACUCUUAUUGGAAAGAACAUUCUCAUAGCUACUGGUAGUGAAGCUACACCAUUCCCAGGCCUCGAGGUUGACGAGAAGAGAAUUAUCACCAGCACCGGAGCCAUUGCGCUAGACAAGGUUCCUGAGACCAUGGUUGUUAUUGGUGGAGGUAUCAUCGGUCUUGAGAUGAGCUCUGUCUGGUCAAGACUUGGUACAAAGGUUACUGUCGUUGAGUUCUUACCUCAAAUUGGUGGACCCGGAAUGGACUUAGAAAUCGCAAAAUCAUCGCAAAAGAUCCUUAAGAAACAAGGUCUUGAGUUCAAGGUCAACACUAAAGUCAUGGGCGGUGAUGUUAGUGGUGAGAAAAUUAAGCUUUUCCUAGAGGCUGCAAAGGGUGGCAAGGAAGAAACCAUUGAUGCAGAUGUCGUACUUGUUGCCAUUGGACGACGACCAUACACCGCAGGUCUCGGAUUAGAGAACCUCGGUCUCGAGACCGAUGAUAAGGGAAGGUUGGUUAUCGACUCGGAAUACCGAACCAAAAUACCACAUAUCCGAGUUGUAGGUGAUUGCACCUUCGGACCUAUGCUUGCCCACAAGGCCGAGGAAGAAGCUGUUGCAGUGGUUGAGUACAUCAAAAAGGGUUACGGCCACGUCAAUUAUGCUGCCAUUCCAUCUGUCAUGUACACACAUCCCGAAGUCGCAUGGGUUGGUCAGAACGAACAGGAGCUCAAGGCUGCCGGAACCAAAUACAAGACCGGCACAUUCCCAUUCUCAGCAAACUCGAGAGCGAAGACCAACUUGGACACCGAAGGUAUGGUGAAGAUGCUUGCCGAUGCUGAGACCGACAGAAUCCUUGGUGUUCAUAUCAUCGGACCAAAUGCCGGAGAGAUGAUUGCCGAAGCUACAUUGGCUAUUGAAUAUGGCGCAUCGAGUGAGGAUAUCGGACGCACAUGUCACGCACACCCGACGUUGGCGGAAGCAUUCAAGGAGGCUGCUAUGGCUACUUAUGGCAAGGCUGUUCAUUAUUAA